GGGGCGCCGCCGCCGGCGCUCGCAGGUCGCGGGUGAAGAAAGUGCGGCCUCGCUCGGCCCGGAGCGAAGAGGUGACCCGAAGUGAAGAGGUGGCCCAAAGUGAAGAGGUGACCCAGGGCCAGGAGGUGGCCCAGAGCGAGGAAAUGGCGGCAGCCGGGCUCAGCGUGACCGUCACCCACAGCAAUGAGAAGCACGAUCUUCAUGUUACCCCGCAACAGGGCUGUAGUGAGCCAAUUGUCCAAGACCUGGCCCAGGUUGUUGAAGAGGCCACAGGGGUCCCACUGCCUUUUCAGAAACUUAUAUUUAAAGGAAAAUCUCUGAAGGAAAUGGAGAAGCCAUUGUCAGCCCUUGGAAUACAAAAUGGUUGUCGAGUCAUGUUAAUUGGGAAGAAGAACAGUCCAGAGGAAGAGAUUGAACUAAAGAAACUGAAAGAUUUGGAGAAGUCUGUGGAGAAGAUAGCUAACCAACUGGAAGGGUUGAACAAAGAGCUUACUGGAAUUCAACAGGGUUUUCUGGCCAAGGAUUUGCAAGCUGAAGCUCUCUGCAAACUUGAUAGGAGAGUAAAAGCCACAAUCGAGCAAUUUAUGAAGAUCUUGGAAGAGAUUGACACACUGAUUCUGCCGGAAAAUUUCAAAGACAGUAGACUGAAAAGGAAGGGUUUGGUGAAAAGGGUUCAGGCAUUCCUGGCUGAGUGUGACACGGUGGAGCAGAACAUCUGCCAGGAGACAGAGCGGCUGCAGUCCACAAACUUGGCUCUGGCUGAGUGAGUGGCCACUUCCUCUCUGGCCUUCUGCAGAGCAGUGUCUCUACCGAGCAACCAGAGCUGUCAUAAAGCGCAGAUCUCGGCAUGUCAGUCCUCUUAAGAUAAAAGUCAAAGUCCCUACCCUAAGCAUUCUCCCUUUCAUCCCAGACCACUGUCCUAUUUGCUGUCUGCUGUUAGGCACUCUGGUCUUCCAUAUGCUCUGUGCCUUAUCCUGCCUGGGGGUUUUGCAUAUACUAUUCCUCUGUUUGGACAGCUCCUCACCAUCCUUCCCCAACCCGCACCCCACCCCUUUCCUGGGUAAUUCCUGUUCAUCCCUUGAACUUAACUCAAAUGUCUCUUCCAUGGCAAAACCUCAUCUGCUAUCAGAGAACCUAUCAAACCCCCAGGUGAUACCCUUUCACAAUUUGCCAUAACUUUUUUUUAUGAUAAAUAGCAUGAUAAACCAUGAUUUAUUUGUGGGAUUGUUUGAUUAAUAUUUACCUGUAACCCUCGACUCUAAAUUUCUUGGGUUAAGGGGCAUCUUUGUCUUGUUAACAGCAUAUUUCAAGCACAUUGCCUAUUUAUAAUAGGUGCUCAAUAAAUAUUUGGAGAAUGAA